AUGCUGGAUUGGGAACAAGCCAGGUCAAGGGCUAAAGCCGCACCCAAAGUGGACAACUCAAAAGAUUGGCUGGAAAAUAAUCGAUCCCAGUUUGAUCAACUAGUGUCGAAUGUCCGACUAAAAGUGAAGGAUGUGAGUAUUGCCUCAAAAGGCGUACUGAAUGAGCGCGAUGGUGAGGCUUCAAAUAUUCCAUCAUCAGAAUAA